UGAAAAGACAGGGUUAAGACCGCAAAAUGAGCUGCAAGCCAUAUAUGGAGAAACCCAUUUCUUAAAACCUGUGAUGAACUCAGCUUCCCGUUCUUUCAAACUGAAGUCUGCUAUGCUUUGUGAAGCUGCCAGCUGAAAACCAGGAGUGCAGACACAGACUCUGAACCCUGUGGGGCUGGAUUCCAGCACCCACCCGCCACGGGGGCUCCAUGCCAGAAACACUGAGCAUGCGGGUCACUCUGGUUACCAUGGCCUGGAUGAUUUCUUUUGUGUCUAGUUAUUCAUAUACAGCAAAUACUUUGCCAGAUAUCGAAAAUGAAGAUUUCAUCCGAGACUGUGUUCGAAUGCAUAACAAGUUCCGAUCAGAGGUGAACCCAAGAGCCACUAAUAUGCUAUACAUGACUUGGGAUCCAGCACUAGCCCAAAUUGCAAAAGCAUGGGCAAAAAAUUGUGCGUUUGAACACAACCCACGUCUGAAGUCCAAGCUGCACCCUAAAUUUAAUUCACUGGGAGAAAAUAUCUGGACUGGUUCUUUAGUCCUGUUUUCAGUAUCGUCAGCCAUCUCAAGUUGGUACAAUGAAAUCAAAGACUAUGACUUCAGUACCCGGAAAUGUAGAAAAGUCUGUGGCCAUUAUACUCAGGUUGUUUGGGCCGAUAGUUACAAGGUUGGCUGUGCAGUUCAAUUUUGCCCUAGAGUUACUGGCUUUCAGGGUCUUACCAAUGGAGCACAUUUUAUAUGUGACUAUGCACCAGGAGGCAAUUACCCAACUUGGCCUUAUAAAAAAGGAGUCACCUGCAGUGCCUGCUCCACUAAUGACACGUGUUUGGACAAUCUCUGUGUUAAUCCACAGCGAGACAAUGUCACACGUUACUACUCUACUGUGUUUCCAAACUGGCCCCUAUAUUCACGUAACAGAUACACAUCUCUCUUCCUUAUUGUUAAUCCACCAAUUAUACUACUGUCUGUUAUAAUUACCCUUUGGGUAAAGCAUAAAUACCCUAAUUUAGUUCUUUUGGAAUAAUAUAAUAGAGAAAUUUAUGUCCAAGAUUGAAAUUUUUUUGCAUUUUUGCAUGAAAUGCAUGUUACUAGGAAAAAUUCAAAGGACAAGAAUUUGAAAACAUUUAAUUAUGUUCUGUUGUUACAGGCAUUCUAAAAACAGAACCUUAGGCAAUGAAGGCUUCAAAAAAAACAGUAACCUUUGGUGUACUUCUAAUUUCCAUUUUAAAAUGUGUCAGAACACAAUAUGUUGCAAUAAAGUGUCACUCAAAAACUGUUCAACUUCCUAA